CGCCAGCAUGGCAUCAGCCUGCCCAAGUCUUUACUCGAGCAGAUUAGCGUUUCAGAGCAGAACUCUCAUCGACACAAAGGUGGUCGUUCCCAUGCAUCACGCAAAGAUGCGCGAAAGCAAGAGCGAAUGGAUCGUAAAAAGAAAAAGGCAGAUCACUUCAUACAUACUGCUCACUCAGCCAAACGGAAGACGGAGGAAGAACACGUCGAUUCACCGCAGAGAAAGCGCAUGAAGAUAUCACAAGAGUCAGUUUCCAAACCACCUGCCUCAAAGUCACAUAAUGCGACCACCACCAAAGUGUCAUCUCGCCAUAGACCUGGGGAGCCGCACACUACCACCGAACCCGUGCAAAAGCACAAACUCAAAACCACUGCUCUAGAAAGACUGGCGAAUAAAUCGGCCACUAAACCGCGUAAAGUUGCAUCUACGGGCCCUCGAAAUCGCGAAGAAGAGGAAGAGGAUGCGUAUAUCGCGUACCUUGAAUCAAAGCUGGGGUAUGCUGGAGGUAGUUCACGCCGUAAGGAUGAUGAUAUGGAUGGACUAGGAGAUCUAUUUGACUUUACCGAAAACAUCAUGACGGAGAUGCCGUCCACACAGGACUCGGAUUUCGAUGACGAAGUGGAGGAUGAGGAUCAAUCAACAUCUGCAGAAGAUGAAGGUAACGGAUCUUGGGAAGAUGAGGAGUGGGGUGGCCUUGAUGAGAGUAGGAUUGGCGGGAGCGAGGCUGGCGAGGAUGAUUCAGUGGACGAUGAUGACCAUGGGAUAACAGAGACAAAGGAAGGCGAACCUUCCGACGCUCAACCUAAAGCUGCUGGGCGCUAUAUACCACCGGGAUUAAGGAAACAAGCCAACGGCGAUACAAACGAAACAGAAGAGCAACUCAAACUUACUCGCCAGCUGAAAGGUCUGAUAAACAGAAUGUCAGAACAAAACAUUGCAACCAUUCUAGAUAGCAUUGAAGAUGUGUAUCGCAACCACCGCCGACAUGACGUCACCUCAACCCUCACUAACCUCAUCAUUGAUGGCAUAUCAUCCCAUUCAACCCUUUUGGACUCGUACGUUGUCCUCCAUGCCGCUUUUAUAUCUAGCCUCCAUAAAUUGAUCGGCACUGCAUUUGCGGCGUAUUUCGUUCAGAACGUAGUGUCCUCGUACGAACAACAUCUCACUUCGGUCGAAGAAAAGUCUGCCAAUUCAACUGAAGUCCCAGAAGACCUAGGAAAAGAGUGUUCCAACCUCAUCGUGCUUUUGUCAGAGCUGUACAACUUUCAAGUCAUUUCGUGCAUUCUCGUUUAUGAUAUCAUCCGCGGCCUUUUAGAUAAAGACCUAUCUGAGUUCCGGGUAGAGCUUUUGCUGAAACUUCUUCGAAGUUCCGGUCAACAGCUGAGACAAGAUGAUCCCAUGGCACUGAAAGACAUCGUUACUCUAGCACAGUCUCGGGUCAUCGGACAGGCCGAUAAUUUGAGUUCACGCACGCGUUUCAUGACCGAGACCCUGAACAACCUGAAGAAUAACAAAAUCAAAAAGACGGCCGCAACACAGCAUCAGGGGGGCGAUGCUGUCGAGCGAAUGAAGAAGUUCCUCUCAGGGCUGGGGAAAAAGAAGCACGUUCUCGCCCAUGAGCCGUUGCGCGUAACGUUGGAGGAUCUCCAUUCGGCGGAAAGUAAAGGCAAGUGGUGGCUUAUUGGCGCUGCGUGGGGUGGAGACCCCCUGGCCGAUCACCCGCGCGAAAUUCCCCAGCAGGGUGGGGAAGCCGAGAGUGACGUCAGCACUGCCGCGCUUCUAAAGCUUGCGAGGAAGCAGGGCAUGAAUACAGAUAUUCGUCGAAGUAUUUUUGUGGUGCUCAUGAGCAGCGACGAUUAUCUAGACGCUUGCGAACGACUUGCGCAACUCGGCCUCACGGAAGUGCAACAGCGUGAGAUCAUCAGAGUAAACCUGCAUUGUUGUGGAAAUGAAAAAUCAUAUAAUCCGUAUUACACACUUGUCUGCCAACAUUUGUCUCAGCGUUCACAUUCGUACAAGAUCACGUUGCAGUUCUGUCUAUGGGACUUCCUCCGGGACUUGGGCGAAACCAGCGUCGGUGGAGUGGAAGUAAUUAAGAGCCUGAAAGAUAGCGAUACAGGGUUUGAUGUUAAAACUAUGUCGCCUUCGCGAAUGAAGAACGUCGCCAAAGCAUAUGCAUGGUGGAUAGCGAAGGAUUGUUGUACGCUGACGAUCUUCAAGCCUGUGGACUUUACUGUGCUCAAGCCACAGACACGUACUUUCUUGAAAGAGUUGUUCAUCCAGCUCUUUAUUGCUAGCCAGGUUUCAUCACCGAUGCUCAGCAAUGACUCCGGCGAGUAUCCCUCUAUGAGGAACCGUGGAUCACUUGAAGAGAUCUUCUUGAAGGCAUCAAGGAUCGAGAACCUGGGCCUUGGAUUGGUGUUCUUCAUGUCUAAUACGUUCAAAGGAGAAGAUGGGUUCUUGACUUGGGCUAGCUCAUUGGCAAAAGAGACGUUACAGACAGGAAUGGAUCAUAUCCCCAGAAUAUAGCAAUGCUUAUCUACGUUUCUAUUUCGUGAAUGCCACACUAGAACAUGCACUGCCAGUGCUCCCGCCGAAUGAAAUGGUCGGGUGCUGUAUACGAGAACUUUUGGGAGA